GGGGGCGCAAGACACACCCUUACUCAGUUGAGUAGAUUUUUAUUUCCUUAUCUAGUGAGUUUUACGUUUUUAUAUCUAGCCAUUGUUGUUUGUGACGUCAGGAACGUUACACGAUUUUGAAACGAAGCCGCUUUUCUGAAAGCUUUUCCUAUUUCUCAAGCAACCACCAGUGACCACCAGUAACCGCGACGAGAGGCAUUGGAUGUGCUGCCGCUUUGGCCGCUUUUCAAAAAGGCGACGGUUAGAUUAGGAGUUCACUGCCUACACAAUCUUCCGAAGUCCGUCGUCGUCACCAAGCGCAGUAAUCCUGAAUGACGAUGGAAGACUACACAAAGGUCGAAAAAAUCGGUGAAGGAACGUACGGUGUAGUCUACAAGGGAAAAAACAAAAAAAGCGGGCAAAUCGUAGCCAUGAAAAAAAUCCGCCUCGAAAGCGAAGACGACGGUGUACCGUCCACCGCAAUUCGGGAAAUCACGCUUUUGAAAGAACUCAACCACCGGAACAUUGUAAGGUUACAGGAUGUAAUAAUGCAAGAGAACAAGGUGUACCUGGUGUUCGAGUUUCUUUCGAUGGAUCUCAAAAAGCAUCUUGACACGCUUCCCAAGAACCAAAGUAUGGACACAAAGACAGUCAAGAGCUACCUGAAGCAGAUCCUGGAAGGGAUCCUGUUCUGCCACCGGCGGCGGGUGCUCCACCGAGAUCUGAAGCCGCAGAACCUUCUCAUUGACCAGAAGGGCAACAUUAAGCUGGCCGACUUUGGGUUGGCCAGGGCUUUCGGCAUUCCGAUCCGGGUGUACACCCACGAGAUUGUCACGCUCUGGUACCGGGCCCCGGAGGUCCUGCUCGGCUCGCCACGCUACUCCACCCCCAUCGACAUUUGGAGCAUCGCAUGCAUCUUUGUCGAGAUGAUCAACAAGAGGCCGCUCUUCCACGGCGACUCGGAGAUCGACCAGCUUUUCCGCAUCUUCAGGACUCUGGGCACUCCGACCGAGGACACGUGGCCAGGUGUGACCAAGCUGCCAGAUUACAAGUCCUCCUUCCCCAACUGGUCGGAGAACAUCCUGCGCAGUCUACUGAAGAAUAUGGAUGAUGAUGGCAUUGACUUGCUUGAGAAAAUGCUGGUGUAUGACCCGGUCAGGCGGAUCUCUGCAAAGGACUGCUUGGAUCAUCCAUACUUGAACGACUAAACGAGACUUCAACAUCUAUUUUUAAUCCAUGACUUCCUCGUGCUACAUCUGUGAGGAACGGCUUUUAGUGAUUUAUGGGUGUGGGGUUUUUUUUUUGGUUUUUUUUGUAUUUUGUGUAACUUCUGCCUUGUAGUUUUAAAUCAUCCAUUUUUGUUUGUUUUAGCUUCCUCUUCAUAUAUGGGAUGAACAAAAUUUUUCCUUCCUCUUUAAUUUUUUCUAAAAAUAGUUAAAAAGUUUUAUUGGGUAUCAUGCCAAGAGAUGGUAUUCAAGUUUUUAAAGCCUCUCUCUCUCUCUCUCUCUCUCUCUCUCUCCCCCCCCCCCUUCCAUCUUUUGCUGCUUCGUUGUGUAACUUCAGACUCCAUAAAAGUGACAAAACAAUCAUGUUUAUUAAUAAAUCUCUUCUGCAGUAUUA